AUGGCGCCUGCCCAACCUGAGCUGAAGAAGUAUCUCGACAAGAGGCUGUUUGUCCAGCUCAACGGGAGCCGAAAGGUCAUCGGUGUACUCCGCGGAUACGAUGUCUUCUUGAACAUCGUAUUGGACGAGGCGGUCGAGGAGAAAGACGGCGGCGAGAAGAUUAGGCUCGGCAUGGUGGUCAUCCGUGGCAACUCCGUGGUCAUGCUGGAGGCUCUGGAGAGAAUCGGCGGCGACGACAGGCAGAACCGAUAA